AGUCACUGUCAACAUGAGUUCUGUGAAUAUUGACCAGGCUCCACAGGGCACAAAACUGUGGUUACUUCAUCUUGGAUAUGUGGAAGCAGACGAGGGGUUUUUCCUCGCAGGGGCCGGUACUUCGACUAUGACAAAUCCCAACUGCAAGAACCCACGACGCAAGCUUGUCCUUACAUCAGCACUGAUUGAUCAUCCAAUCGAGGGUCUCAUCCUGUUUGAGACUGGGCCUGGGGAGGCAUACCCCGAAGUUUGGGGCCCGCCUGUCAAUGAUAUAUUUGGGCGGGUUGACUAUUCGCCAGAGCAUGAACUCGAAGCCGCUCUCGCCAAGUCCGGACACUCGAUCAAGGAUAUCAAAGCUGUGAUCAUGGGGCAUCUCCAUAUCGACCAUGCCGGGGGGCUUGAGAAAUUCAGCGGAACCGAUAUUCCGAUCUAUGUACACGAAGAAGAGCUUAAGCACGCGUUUUACAGUGUGGCCACCAAGUCCGACGCAGGUGUCUAUCAUGGCAAAGAUCUUGACGCCAAGCUCAAUUGGACGGCCAUCCAUGGGGAGACAUUUGAGCUUGCCCAGGGUAUUACCCUGAGGCAUGCACCCGGCCACACUCCAGGGCUGGUCCUUAUGCAGGUCAAUCUUCCAGACAGUGGGACAUGGCUAUUUACUACCGACCAAUACCAUGUCAGCGAGAAUUACGAACAAUCUAUUCCGCAUGGCUGGCUUGCUCGAGACUAUCAUGCCUGGGUCAAGACGCAUCAGAUGGUGAAGACCAUUGCAAAGCGAACAAAUGCGAAUCUGGUGUUCGGACACGAUUUGGGAGUAUUUUUCCAGUAUGAACAUGCCCCUCAUGCCUACACCUAGACUUCUACUUAACUAGUCCUGGUGAAUCUUGCGGAGGGAGGAUGAUUAGGCUCAAAUUUUAUGCUUUGUAGCUACUCUGUCUAUUCUUUACUGCUCACAUUCACAUGCUGUCUCUAAAGUAU